AUGGCCAAGGGAAAAGUCCAUAAAAACGGACCUCUCCAGCGGGAGAUGGACGACAAGGUCUACAGCCACGUGAUGAACCUUUUGGAAGAAGAAACACAAAAAAUGAAAGCAAAGGGUGUCACCAACGGACCGCUCACUAUGGCUCUUGCCAAGGAUCUCACAUUAAUUCAAAUAUUCGAGUAUGUCAAGACCAAAGACCGUUCGUUUAGCAGAACCAAGGAUGAUCAUCUUAGAUACUCUAUAGACCGUGUGCUGAAGUUGGCAAUCGAAGAUGAGGAGGAAGAGAUGAAAAGUAUGGGAAUAAACCCUGACACUCUGUCAAAGGAAGACGAUGAGGAACGGGACGAUUUGAUGGAGGUUAAAGACACAAACCAGGCAAACAAAAGUAUAGUGAGUCUUUGGAAAACGACGGAUCAACAAGAACCGGCUGUUGAAACGGGAGAAAAAGAGGAGAAGAGCUCGAAGAAACGGUCUAAGGAAAGCUCCAAAAGUGCCAAAAGAACAAAAGUUAGCAAAGACAGAACCCCUCCAACUUGUACGUUGAGCGAUCUCGGUGGACUCGACGAUGUGGUUGCACAGCUCAUGGAGGUUGUGGGGAUGCCGAUUCUCCACCCUGAGAUCUACAUGGCUACUGGAAUAGAGCCACCUAGGGGUGUUUUAUUGCAUGGUCCACCAGGUUGCGGAAAAACCACUAUUGCCAACGCUCUGGCGGGCGAGCUCCAAGUGCCGUUCAUUCCUAUCAGCGCUCCGUCAGUGGUGAGCGGGAUGUCGGGAGAGAGUGAGAAGAAAGUGCGAGAGAUUUUUGACGAAGCCAAACAGUUGGCACCAUGUUUGGUGUUUUUUGACGAGAUCGAUGCCAUCACCCCGAAAAGAGACGGUGGUGCUCAGCGUGAAAUGGAAAGGAGAAUUGUCGCUCAACUUCUUACCUCCAUGGACGAGUUAUCGCUGGAGAAAACGGACGGUAAGCCAGUCAUUAUCAUUGGAGCCACUAAUAGACCUGAUUCUCUCGACACGGCUCUUAGAAGAGCAGGGAGAUUCGAUAGAGAAAUUUGCAUUAACGUUCCAAACGAACAGUCACGGCUCAAAAUCCUUGAAAGCAUGGUCAGGGACCUCAAGUUCAGCGGAGAUCUUCAAUUGAUGUCGAUUGCCAAGAUGACUCCGGGAUUUGUGGGUGCGGACCUAAAGGCCCUGGUCACCGCAGCUGGAAUUGCUGCUAUCAAGCGGAUUUUCACGUCGAUGAGCGAGGAGGAGGAGCAAAGACUUCUUUUGGAAGGAGUUCAAUUGCAGCAGGAAGAGGAUAAGGAGGACGGAAUGGAACUGGACGAGAACCCAGAGAAGAGUCUUGAGGAUAGCAAUAGAAACCCACAGUUCAACAAACUGUCCAUCAUCCAGAAGUUCUUGAUCAAGCACCCGUCAGCCCUCACGCCGGAACAACUGAGCUCGCUUUGCAUCGAACAUCAGGACUUUGUGUGUGCUCUACCCCAGAUCCAGCCUUCGGCCAAAAGAGAAGGAUUUGCAACCAUCCCCGAUGUCACCUGGUCCAACGUUGGUGCACUGUCCAAAGUGCGUGUGGAACUCCACAUGGCCAUUGUGCAGCCUAUCAAGCGUCCAGAGAUUUAUGAGAAGGUCGGUAUCACUGCUCCUGCCGGUGUCUUGAUGUGGGGGCCACCUGGAUGCGGUAAGACGCUUCUUGCCAAAGCCGUUGCCAACGAGUCCAAGGCGAACUUCAUCUCCGUCAAGGGACCAGAACUUCUCAACAAGUACGUUGGUGAGUCUGAACGGGCUGUCCGUCAGGUGUUCACCAGAGCAAGAGCAUCUGUUCCAUGCAUCAUAUUCUUUGACGAGCUGGACGCACUAGUUCCUAAGAGAGAGUCCUCGCUUAGUGAAUCGAGUUCCAGAGUGGUGAACACCUUACUGACCGAGCUGGACGGACUGAACGAUAGAAAAGGAAUCUUUGUCAUAGGAGCUACCAACAGACCCGACAUGAUUGAUCCUGCCAUGUUGAGACCAGGAAGACUGGACAAGACGCUUUACAUUGAGCUUCCAAGUGCUGCUGAAAGACUAGAGAUUUUGACGACACUGAUACACUCGAACGGUACACCGUUGGACAAUACCGUUGACCUGGCGACCGUGGCCCACGACGAGCGGUGCAGAAACUUCUCGGGAGCAGAUCUUUCGUCGUUGGUUCGUGAGGCCGGUGUUAUCUCGCUGAAACGCAAGUUCUUUACGGGAAUAGGUGUUGGAGAUGAGUCUAUUGAAGAAGUUCUAGUUAGUGAUGACGUGGUUGUCACGGGACACGAUUUCGAGAAAGCACUCGACAGCGUCAAACCUUCCGUGAGCGACAAGGACCGCCUAAAGUAUGAACGUUUGAACCAGCGAAUGGGAUGGAGCCAAGCCAACGUCGUGGAGCCAGAAAAAUAG